GCCCACCCCCCCCCACCUGUGUUGGGGACCCCAGGCCUGACCCCGCCCCCACGGCUCCGCCUCCAGAUAGAGCUAAGCUGUCCAGCUGCCAAGUAAUCGUCCACUGUCUGGCCGGCAUCUCCCGCUCUGCCACCAUCGCCAUCGCUUACAUCAUGAAGACCAUGGGCAUGUCCUCCGAUGACGCCUACAGGUUUGUGAAGGACCGGCGCCCGUCCAUUUCGCCCAACUUCAACUUCCUGGGCCAGCUGCUGGAGUAUGAGCGCAGCCUGAAGCUGCUGGCCGCCCUGCAGGGUGACGGGGCGUCCCACCCAGGGACCCCCGAGCCCCUCCCGGGCCCUGCGGCCCCACUGCCGCAGCUGCCACCACCUACCUCAGAGAGCGCUGCCACCGGGAGCGCGGCGGCCAGCACAGUCCGGGAGGGCGCGCCCGGCGCGGGCGGGGAGCUCCCCGCGCCUUCCUCCAACCCCGCCACCAGCGCGCUGCAACAGGGCCUUCGUGGCCUGCACCUGUCCUCCGACCGCCUCCAGGACACCAACCGCCUGAAGCGCUCCUUCUCGCUGGACAUCAAGUCGGCGUAUGCCCCGAGCCGGCGGCCCGACGACCCCGGGCCCCCCGACCCUGGGGAGGCCCCCAAGCUCUGCAAGCUGGACAGCCCGUCGGGGGGCGCACUGGGCCUGCCCUCGCCGGGCCCC